AUGCGUGUAAGAAUAGCUGUUCUUGAGCUUUUUGAUGAAGCAGUUUCCAGAUAUAACGACAUUCGUGCCUUUGAUGCCACACGUGUAAAACUUAAAGUAAUCAAUGAAGACGAAAAUUCGGACUAUAUCAAUGCAAACUUUAUUAAGGGGUGGGAUGAGCGAAAGAUAUUCAUAGCAGCUCAGGCUCCCCUCGACACGACCAUUUCUGAUUUCUGGCGAAUGAUAUGGGAACAAGAUGCUCGCCUCAUAGUAAUGGUCGCCAACCUAUUCGAAAAGAAUCGUCAACAGUGCACGAAGUACUGGCCUGAUGAUCAACCAACUAAAUAUGGUGAUUUAUUGGUGAGUCCACGAGAAGCAUCGUAUUUCGCUGACUAUGCCGUUAGAUGUUUUGAUAUAGAGCCCGUAAACGAAAGAUUUAACAGAAUGUCGCCUGGCGCAAGAUCCGAUAUUGGAUCAAUCGAAUCCACUCCUGGCUCGGAAUAUGCGAAUGUUCCAUCAGUACGUCAUUCUAAUGGUCACGCCGAAACAUCGUUCGUAGGUACGGGUAAUGGUACGUUUUAUGGAAGCACAUGUUUAUAA